AUGACGUGUAAUUCAUCUUCAGGCACUCCACUGCUGGUGAGGAGGAGCAGUGACCCAGCGCCAGGCCCACCUGCUGGUGCCCAGCCUGGCGUGUCACACCCUGGUGGCCAGAGUCUGAAACCAGUCGUUCCAGAUUCCACACAGAACUUGGAGAACGGAGAAGGUAUGAAUGGUAGACAGACAGAACUACCAACGUCGCCAAAAACUAAGGAUGUGCUGAGUGAUAUGACAAGAACAGUGGAGAUUUCUGGGGAAGGAGGCCCAUUAGGAAUACAUGUAGUGCCCUUCUUUUCAUCUCUGAGUGGAAGGAUUCUGGGACUCUUCAUCCGAGGCAUUGAAGAGAACAGCAGGUCCAAGCAGGAGGGCCUAUUUCAGGAAAAUGAAUGUAUUGUAAAAAUCAACAAUGUGGAUCUCGUCGACAAAACCUUUGCUCAGGCUCAGGAUGUCUUCCGCCAGGCCAUGAGGUCCCCAGCUGUGCUCCUCCACGUGCUCCCACCUCAGAAUCGUGAGCAGUACGAAAAGUCUGUUAUUGGACCCCUAAGCAUUUUUGGUAACAGUGAUGGAGGUCUGAAAACAAAGGCGCCGCCUCCCAUUCUUGGGAAAUCGGGACUAAAGACAGCAAAUUUUACAGGGGCAAACAGUCCUGAAGCAGAUGCGUUGACUUUCCUGCAGCACAGCAAGAGCCCCCGGGCACUGAGACUGGAAAGAAAGCCACCCUCACCCUCACUCUCUCCUCUCAUGGGAUUUGGCAGCAAGAAAAAUGCAAAGAAGAUUAAGAUUGACCUAAAGAAAGGCCCUGAAGGACUUGGUUUCACUGUGGUUACUAGAGACUCUUCCAUACAUGGUCCUGGUCCCAUAUUUGUAAAAAACAUUUUACCAAAGGGAGCUGCAAUAAAAGAUGGCCGCCUGCAAUCAGGAGACAGAAUUUUGGAGGUAAACGGGAGAGAUGUCACCGGACGCACUCAGGAGGAGCUGGUGGCCAUGCUUAGGAGCACCAGGCAGGGGGAGACAGCAUCCCUGCUCAUUGCCCGCCAGGAAGCACAUUUUCUGCCCCGAGAGCUGAAAGGAGAACCCGACUGCUGCGCGCUCUCCCUGGAGACCACCGAGCAGCUCACCUUCGAGAUCCCUUUGAAUGACUCCGGUUCUGCUGGCCUUGGGGUGAGCUUAAAAGGGAACAAGUCCCGAGAAACUGGAACAGACCUUGGGAUUUUUAUCAAAUCUGUCAUCCACGGAGGUGCUGCUUUCAAGGAUGGCCGUCUGCGAACAAAUGACCAGCUGAUUGCUGUGAAUGGGGAAUCACUUUUGGGAAAGUCCAACCACGAAGCUAUGGAAACACUCAGGCGGUCGAUGUCCAUGGAAGGAAACAUACGCGGGAUGAUCCAGCUGGUGAUUCUGCGGAGGCCCGAGAGACCAGCAGAGGAAACUGCAGAGUGUGGGGCAUUUUCUAAGCCAGGCUUUGAGAACUGUCAAAACGCUGAACCCGCCUCCAGGAGACACGAUAAUGGUACACUGCAUCGGCUUGGCACUCACGCACAAGACAAACAGAAAGACCUGCUGCCUCCUGGUGACGGAUGGGCCCGGAGUGAAGUGUCACCUUCUCCACCACUACAUCCUGCCCUUGAAGAUCACGGCCACAGCUCGGGUGUAGACUCGGCGGUAUAUUUUCCAAACUCGCACAUCAGCUUCAGAUCAGUGACACCGGCCAGGCAGCCUGAAUUGAUUAACCUGAAAGCCUCAAAGAGCAUGGACCUCGUGCCAGAUGAAAGCAAAGUUCAUGCACUGGCUGAACACAAAGCGGAAUCUCCAAGCAAAGAUUUUGGUCCGACUCUGGGCCUGAAAAAGUCCAGUUCCUUGGAGAGUCUGCAGACCGCCGUGGCCGAGGUCCGCAAGAAUGAGCUUCCCUUCCACAGGCCCCGGCCACACAUGGUCCGAGGCCGGGGCUGCAACGAGAGCUUCCGGGCAGCUAUCGACAAGUCCUACGACGGACCUGAGGAGCUUGAGGCUGACGGUCUGUCUGAUAAGAGCUCUCACUCCGGCCAUGGAGCUCUGAAUGGUGAAUCUGCCCCUCAGGGGACCCCUGAGCUAGAGGACAUCGAAAAUAAAGCCAGGAAAGUAAAAAAAAUGAAAGAGAAGGAGAAGAAAAAGGAAAAGGGCAAGUUGAAAGUCAAGGAGAAAAAGCGCAAAGAGGAGAAUGAAGACCCCGACAGGAAGAUGAAGAGGAAGGGUUUCGGGGCCAUGCUGAGGUUUGGAAAGAAGAAGGACGACAAGGGUGGAAAGGCUGAGCAGAAAGGUGCUAUGCAGCAUGAUGGCCCGCGGGAGGAGGCGCUGGAGAGGAUGAGGGAGGAGCGUGGAAGGAUUGGAGCAAAACAUCAGGAGCUGAGGGAAAAGCAAGCACGAGGCCUUGUUGAAUAUGCUACUGAGGCUGCUGGGUCAAUGCACGACAUGGAUGAUGAUGAGAUGGACCCCAACUACGCCAGAGUGAACCACUUUCGGGAGCCAUGUACAUCAGCAAAUGUCUUCAGAUCUCCAUCUCCCCCUCGGGCUGGACCAUUUGGCUAUCCGCGGGAGGGGCGUCCACUGUCUCCAGAAAGAGACCACUUAGAGGGUCUCUAUGCCAAGGUCAACAAGCCAUACCAUCCACCCACUGCAGUUGACAGUGUCCGUCCUGUGGGUGGGAGCAGUGACCGGAUUCAGAAGUUGCGAAAGGAGUAUCACCAGGCCCGGAGAGAAGGCUUUCCUUCCUACGAAGAUGAUGAGGGGAGAGCCAGGCCUUCGGACUAUGACCUCCUCUGGGCUGCGGAGCUCCAUCGACGCUUUCUCCUGAUGAUUGACAUCAUCAGCAUCAUCGACUGCCCCGCAUCUCCCUUCCUUUCCUCACAGCCAACCCAAGGCUGCAGGCAAUACCAAGGCAGAGAAGGCAGAAAACCACGUCUAAAAGUUACGGGUGUGUUGGGAAGGCCUGAAGUACAACUGAACCUGAUGCUCAUAAAAUAUCAAAUGCCAAUGGAAGAGCUGGAAUUUGCUCAUCUAGAUUUUGGGAAGUUGUGA